AUGCUUCGUCAGGCGAUUCGUGACGGUACAUCGCUGGGAAAACAAGCGCAAGGAUACAAGGAUAAUGACCAGCUGGUUCCGGAUGGAGCUUCUCAAGCUCUACUUGUUGCAAUGAAAAUCCCUGACUGUGUGCUGGCACUGGACGUCCCAGACGACGAAGUGGUUAAGCGCCUCGCUGGUCGGCGGCUCGACCCUGAGCCUGGCAAAACAUAUCACAUGGAGUUUAAUCCCCAGCAAUUCUAUGCUCACAGUAACGCUUUGGUCGUGACCUUGGCUGGCUGCGCAACCGCUAGGCGCUGCCUGAUCCGCAACAACGCGACCAUUAUCUCGCUCUUCAGCUUGAAUGCCGUGUAUGAAAGUCGUUCUCCACUGUUGCUUAGAAAAGGACUGCCAGCUUUCGGUUCGUGCGUGGCGAUCCGUCAGGGACGACUAUUGCUCGAUUGA